ACUACUCCACCACUAACCUUUGUUAUAUUAAAGUCUUUGUUUGCCAUUUCCUUUCAACCUCAAAAGCAUCAAAAUACAUUGUGAGGAAACAUCAGAAGCGUGUUUCUCUUGUUCCCUUCUUCGCAUUUGGACUUUCUGUUUUUGUUUUUUAAAUGUGUGAAGGACACUGACGGGUUCACGGGUUCUUUCUUAUGGAGAAUUUACCAAAGGGUUUUUUUUAUACCCUGCUGUUAUUUUUGUGGGUCUGUGCAGUCACAGCCUCUGUGACUUAUGAUCACAAAGCCAUUAUUGUUAAUGGACAGAGAAGAAUUUUGAUCUCAGGCUCCAUCCAUUACCCAAGAAGCACACCUGAGAUGUGGCCAGACCUUAUUCAAAAGGCCAAAGAUGGAGGCUUAGAUGUCAUUCAAACGUAUGUGUUUUGGAAUGGACACGAACCUUCUCCUGGAAAGUAUUAUUUCGAGGAUAGAUACGACCUGGUUAAGUUCAUCAAGGUGGUGCAGCAGGCUGGUCUCUAUCUUCAUCUCCGUAUUGGUCCCUUCGUAUGUGCUGAGUGGAACUUUGGGGGCUUUCCUGUUUGGCUCAAGUAUGUUCCGGGUAUUGCUUUCAGAACAGACAACGAACCUUUUAAGGCGGCAAUGCGGAAUUUUACUGAGAAGAUUGUGAACAUGAUGAAGGCGGAGAAAUUGUUCCAGACUCAGGGAGGUCCUAUAAUUAUGUCACAGAUAGAAAACGAAUUUGGACCAGUGGAGUGGGAAAUUGGUGCUCCUGGAAAAGCUUAUGCCCAAUGGGCUGCUCAAAUGGCUGUGGGUUUAGAUACUGGUGUCCCCUGGAUUAUGUGCAAGCAAGAAGAUGCUCCGGAUCCUGUUAUUAACACCUGCAAUGGAUACUACUGUGAAAACUUCACUCCUAACAAGGAGUACAAACCCAAAAUGUGGACAGAGAACUGGAGUGGCUGGUACACUGAGUUUGGUGGCGCGGUUCCUCGUAGACCUGCAGAAGACAUGGCCUUCUCGGUUGCAAGAUUCGUACAGAAUGGCGGUUCAUUUGUUAAUUACUACAUGUUCCAUGGAGGAACUAACUUUGAUCGGACAUCAGGUGGCCCCUUUAUUGCCACAAGCUAUGACUAUGAUGGUCUCCUUGAUGAAUACGGACUUUUAAAUGAGCCAAAAUGGGGGCAUUUGAGGGAUUUGCAUAAAGCAAUAAAGCUGUGUGAGCCAGCUUUAGUGUCUGUCGAUCCCACAGUGACAUGGCCUGGUCAAAACCUUGAGGUACAUGUGUUCAAGACUUCUGGUACUUGUGCUGCAUUCCUAGGAAACUAUGACACCAAAUCUUCCGCUAAAGUUUCAUUUGGAAAUGGAAAAUAUGACCUACCACCUUGGUCUAUCAGCAUCCUUCCUGAUUGCAAAACUGAAGUUUUCAACACUGCAAGAGUCGGUGCUCAAAGCUCUCUGCAGAAGAUGACUGCUGUGAACACUGCAUUUGAUUGGCAGUCAUACAAUGAAGAGCCAGCAUCGUCCAGUGAAGAUGAUCCCUUAACAGCAUAUGCACUCUGGGAGCAGGUUAAUAUCACCCGAGAUUCUACAGAUUAUUUGUGGUAUAUGACAGAUGUCAAUAUUGAUACAAAUGAAGGUUUUAUAAAAAGAGGACAAUCUCCUGUUCUUACCGUGAUGUCAGCUGGCCAUGCUUUGCAUGUUUUCAUCAACGGUCAACUUUCAGGUACUGUGUAUGGGGGAUUGGAGUUCCCUAAAUUAACAUUUAGUGACAGAGUGAAGCUGAGGAUUGGGAAUAAUAAGCUAUCUUUACUAAGUAUUGCCGUCGGUCUCCCGAAUGUUGGGAUUCACUUUGAGACAUGGAAUGCUGGGGUGUUAGGCCCAGUCACACUAAAUGGUCUAAAUGAGGGGACUAGAGACUUGUCUAAACAGAAAUGGUCUUACAAGAUUGGUCUCAGGGGAGAAGCCUUAAACCUUAACACUGUGAGUGGGAGUAGCUCAGUUGAAUGGGUAGAAGGAUCAUUAUUGGCUAAAAAGCAGCCUUUGACAUGGUACAAGACAACUUUUAGCACACCAGCAGGCAAUGAUCCAUUGGCUCUGGACAUGAUUAGCAUGGGAAAGGGCCAAGUAUGGAUAAAUGGUAAAAGCAUUGGACGACAUUGGCCUGGAUAUAUAGCACGCGGUGGUUGUGGGGAAUGUUCCUACGCUGGAACUUACACUGAGAAAAAAUGCCAGACAAACUGUAGAGAGCCCUCCCAGAGAUGGUACCAUAUUCCUCGGUCAUGGCUGAACCCAAGUGGGAACUACCUGGUUGUGUUUGAAGAAUGGGGAGGAGACCCUAGUGGAAUUUCUUUGGUGAAAAGAACAACAGCAAGUGUUUGUUCUGAUAUAUAUGAAGGGCAACCAACUCUAAAGAACAGGCAGAUGCUGGCCAGUGGCAAAAUUAAUAGACCCAAGGCUCACUUGUGGUGUCCACCUGGGCUAAAAAUUUCCCAGAUUAAAUUUGCUAGUUAUGGAUUGCCUCUGGGAACUUGUGGAAACUAUAGAGAGGGAAGCUGCCAUGCUCACAGAUCAUAUGAUGCUCCUGAAAAGAACUGCAUUGGCAAGCAAUCUUGCUCUGUGACUGUAGCUGCUGAAGUUUUUGGGGGAGACCCAUGUCCGGGAACUGCAAAGAAGUUAUCACUUGAGGCACUAUGCAGCUAGAUCAUGUUAUUCAAUGCAACAAUCAGAGAAUAAACAUGGAGCAGAUUUAUUAGGUUUAGCACAGAGAAUCCAAAACAAAUGUAGAUAGAAAGAAAUUAGCUGAAAGUGUUACAUAAUCAGGCUAUUCAUACACAUUCUUUCAAUAAAGUAGCAGUUGGAACUUGGGUAAUAAUUUUCAAUUACAUAGUCAACCAUAGAAAAACUUAUUUCAAAAUCAUGACUUGGGUCUCCUGUAUAAACCUUAACGGGCCUCUGCAUAUUGGGCUACUGGUUGAGACCCAAAAGAUUCAGCUUCCUAUCAUGUUAUUUUAUGGAUUGAAAACCA